AUGAGGGUAGAAAAAGUAGAAGUCAUUCCAUCGAACCUGUUUCUUGCCUGCCGGUAUACCAUGAAUCUUGGUUUUUUGGUAUUGCUUAAAGCAGGGGUUUGGGGGAGCACUGGUGUUGGUGGUGGUGGUGGUGGUGGUGUGGUGUUUGUAGCAGAAAUACGAGCUCGCAAUACUGCCUGGAAGUUGGUCGGCUCGACAACGGACUAAAGAGAGCUGUCCAAAAAAGAAAAAAAAGGUAUCAUUCAAAAGCCAAAGCAAGGCACUCUACAAGAUAACCCAACCAAACAACGCAAAAGCCGCAACAAAAAGCAA